UUUUAGACGACCGGUUGCUAAACAAAACAAAAAUAAAUAAAAUUUGAUAUAUUUGCAAAGCUUUUAUGGAUAGUUAAAAAGGUUAUCUCUAUAAUGCAUGUUAUGGUUUGCUAACAAAAUGGACUCCGAUGAGGACGAAGAAUUCAGUUUUGAGGAAAACGUUGCACAGAGGCCGGACCGUCAUGGCGGGAAACUCAACGAAAUUUUGUCCGAAGUUGAAACAAAAAUUCCAAGUUUAGAGUUUGACGACGAUGUAAGUUGUGAACACCUGAUGGUAGUUUGUUUGCCGUUUGGUUUUGGUUUAUAUAUAGUGGUUGGUCUAUAUUGUCCAGUGGUAUCAUAGCAACAGAACUCAAAUUAUUAUAAUUUUAGAUAUUUUAAUGCUGUACAACAGACUGUUUAUGGCCUUUAGCCUUUAAUAUUGUGUACAUACAGCCAUUUGUAGUCAGUUGAGUUUGCAUUUUUGGAUAUGCAUAACGUUGCGUGUUUUUCACGCCCUGAAGCAACAUUUUGUUGCUAUAAACUGAUGAACACAACUUUUAAUCCAUAUUAUGUUGCAUUGCACAUAAUGCAUGAUCAUACCACAGAAUAGAUACAGGACCAGAAGUGUCUCUCAGACGAUAUUUUGUCCGAAAUUUUACGAGUGCUGACGUGAAAAUACGCCAUCAUAUGACGCCAUCCUGGAGUGCACACGGAAGUUUUUCAUAGGAAAACAUAGGUACAAAGUGCCGGGUGCACUCCAGGAUGGCGUCAUAGCACGCAAAAAAAUUUCGGACGUUUUCCUUCAGCCAAAACAAAUAGGAGUGACACUUCUGGUCCGGUAUGUAUUCUGUGAUCAUACAGUACUUUUUAUUUGACUCUGUCUAAUGCCUGACAAUUUUACUCAUCAAGGGGAGAGCACUGGCACUAGCUUGAUGAGUUAACCAGACUAUCUGUCUGUGUGUCUAGCUUAUAACCCAUUAAGUUUCAUUGCACCCUAACAUAUGCAUAGUUGCCAACUCUCACAGAUCCACCGUGAGCAUCACUGAUUUUACUAAAAUGUCAUGGUAAGCUCACAGCUUGUUAAUAUCUCACAGAUUUCGAAAAUAACCCAACUGGUUCUUAAAUAUAUUGGCUUUUGUUGUACAUUUUAACUAUUAAGAGUAACUUCAUUUGCGUCAAAUUACAUAUUAAGCCAAAAAUAGAUAAUCAAAACAUAGCUAUGUACAUGCAAUCUCGUACUUGUGGGUAGGGUCGGGCGGUUCAGGGUAAAAACCGAAAACCAUCGGAAAAAAACCCGAAAAAAACGAUGUUUUUAAUGAAAAUUUCCUUAUGAAAAUUUAAAGAAAAUUUCAUAAAAUAGUGGAAACACUGGGUAAAAAAUAUCGGUAGUCAAUUUAUCCUGGGCGUUCUGUAACCCCUGUCCGUGAUCAUAUCAGAUCAUGUCAGCGGCAUCUGAUAAAUUACUAAAAUAACAUUGCCCGAAGUUCAAAGUUUUAUUCAAAAAUCCAAAGGAAUCUUAUUGUUGAAAAUUGCUGAAUAUUUACUACAACUACUACUAACAAUAUAAUCUACAACUUUAGAAAGUGGAAAUAUUUCAGAUGCAUAGGCCAUCAUUCAAAUAUUCACUAUAAAAGAACAAAUAUGACUGGUUUAUAGUUUAUUUUGUCUAAACUGAUACAUUCACAUGCUGACAUGCAAAUUACAUCCUCUGAGAGAAUCCACAAACGAAUUUAACCCCUCUGAAAUUUGAAGUCAUUGAAAUUCAACAUGGCUAGAAACUAAAUGUCAGCGGAUCCUUUUAUUUAUAUAUGUUACUGUAUAUUCUGUAUAUUUAGAUUUUCUGCAUUUGUACUUUAGCGAGUGCUGGUGGCGUGGUUGUCUAGGGUGUUGUGUGCAUACCUACAUGCUAAUUGGUGGUUCGUAUCCCGCAAUGGCCAACAUUUUUUUCUUAAGAUUGCCUUUACAACACAGGGGAGUUACUACUGUAUGACUGUAAAUUUCUAUUAUUAAAUUGCCCCCUUCAAAAUUCGAUAAAUUAUUUUUUAGUCGAGGCCAUUUUGUGGUUUGCGCUAAUUUCCAUAUAAAUUGUGUUAAUUAAUGCUAAAUGUUGAGCCGCUGACAUGAUCUGAUUUGAUCGCGGACGGGGGUCACUGAACGCCCGGGAUAAAUUGACUACCAAAAAUAUGGCCGCCAUUUCGGUUGCGAAUUACGAAUAUUUCGGUCUUAUUUUUGCUCGAUGAUCCUCUAAUACUCCAUGCUUCACACGCUGUUUCCGCAAGUUUCAAGUAUUUUAAUUCCCGAUUUUUUUCAUUUUUUUGUCAAAAGAAAAAUCGAUUGAUUUGAAUAGUUUUUUUUUAAAAAAUCGUUUUUUUUCAGUUUUAUCGAUAAACCAGCCGACCCUACUUGUGGGUAUUCAACAAUAUGGUUUUGUAUAUCUGAAUAAAAACUACCAAAACUUGUGUAUAAGGUAUAGAAGACUCUGAAAAUGCCAUUUCCAACAAUCUAGAGACUCCAUAUUUUCAAAAUGUUUCGCUCGGCGCCAACCAUGGCACCUCAUGGGCCCCCAAAGCAAAAUCUCGCAGAUGUUUUUUCCCAAUGUUGGCAACUAUGCAUAUGCAUCCUACUUUAUUAUUUUACUCUGUUUAAUGACGACACACUUUUGCUGGUCAAGGUCAAGGUCAAGUUGCUUUUUACACAGCUGCUCCUGGUUGGGUCAAAUUAAUUUAUAAAAUUUACACUGGAAAUGUCAUGUAGAAAAAAUGUGUUUGAUUUUUUCUUUUAAUUUUAUGGUAUAACCAUAACCCUGAUGAGGGGUCCAUACGUCUGGUAACUGUAGUUCCAAUGGAUGAUGGUAUUCGACCUUUGUGUCUGGCCCUUGGUAUACUAUCCUUUUUGGAUAGUUGAUAUUAUGACUCAACAGCAUCCAAAUUAUGCCAAAACUAAAAAAUACUGAUAUCCAAUAUCCAAGAUUAAAACCUGGUAUAACUGUGAGUGUGGUAAUCUGUAAGGUUUAAUUUUCAAGGGAUUUUAAGCAGGAUAUCAGCUGUCACCAGAUCUUUAACAUUUUGAUUUUGUUGGUGAAAACAGUGCAAGCUUAACCAGGGUUCGAUAAUUCUAGAUUUCUGAAUGGCAUUCAUUCCGUAGCCUGAAAAGCUAAGACCAUGAGUUAGAACAAGGAGAAGCAUGUGCAUAUUUCCAUACAGAAACACGUAUAAUUGAUUCCAUCAUUCCUAACUCCUAUUUCAUCCCAUCAGUCCAAUCACGUGUUACCCAAAGUUAUCAUCACCAGUUUUGCAUAUAUAUUUUAUUGUACGGUUUUAAAUACUGUACCUUAGAAUAAUAGAAAAUUUGCUGGUCAUAUACCAACAAAAUGCAAGUACAGUACACAGAAAACGAUCUAGUAUUCGGUACUAGGGUGAGGCGGUUUUUCGGUAAACCGGAAAAAAAACGAUGUUUUUUGAAAACCGAAAUACUCGAUGUUACUUUUGGAGAAAAACCGGAAAACCGAAAGAAAAACGAGGGAAAAACCGAAGAAAAAUCGGGAGUUUGUUGCAAAUGAAUCAUGUUUUGGCAUUUACACACGAAAAACUAAAGACAUUUUGUUUGAAAUUUGAUAUUAACGUCUUCAAAAUACCUCACGUUUAAUAUCUCGCGUGAGUACUGAAUAGCGUGUUGUGUCUUUUUUUACCGUAGUUUCGAUUUUCGAACGUAUUUUUUUAAAAAACCGGUUCACUCGGUUUUUUCGCUAUUCGGUACCUGCGUGGUACUUGGCUGAAAACAAACAAGUACUAGAUCAAAAUAUUGACGUACCUUCGGGUACGUAUAAAGUACGCAAAUUAUCACACCCUGACUUAACUCUUUAGUAAUUUUAAUAAUUAUACAUUUUAUCAGGGCAGAAAGUAAUUUAAAAUUUUGGAUUUUUUGGGAUGAAAUAACUAACCAACGGUAAUCUUGGUAUUCUCUAGGAUAAUGAAGAAGAUAUUUCUGUCUGGUCACCACCUGAGAAUGUGCCAUCAUUUUACAAACAAUUUUCCUCUUCCCUAUCAUCCGAGGAAGCUGUCAGGCCUGAACACCAAAAUAAACAGACUCCUGCAAAAUUUUGUGGAGCCGACAGAAAUCCACCAGUUAGGGAAAAGUAUCGUCCUACUGUCAAGUUAGAAAAUAAAUCCGUCAGUACCAUCACUCUUCAACCUUCAUCAUCAAUGUACACGGCUUACCAAAAAGACGGUAAUUCACUCUUGUGUGAAGAUGAUUCUCCUAUCUCUUAUAACAAGGGUAUCAAUGCUCCUCGAGGUUUAUCUCUCUCAGACAGUGGUCAUCAAGUUUACGAACAUGACCACCCUAUGAUAACAUCAUCUGAUACAAGAAAUCCUGAUAAUGGGGAAAUUGUGUCUGUACAGUCCUCACAACCCUCAGUUGGUGGUCCACUAGUUCAUGAACAAGAAUUCCCUGUUGAUAAAACAAAUGAGAAAGCAAUCAACCUGGAGGAAGCUUCAUCUCUAAUGUUAUGUGAACUGGGCAGUGAUCAAGGGACUAAUAACAACCAUACUCGUGUUGGCCAUAAUUCUUUUUAUGAUCUACAUUCUGUAGUGUCAAUGAAAUCAUUAGCCUGUCAAACAGAUAAUGGGCCGUCUAUUCAUAAACAUGACAUUUUCACAACAUUAAGCGGAAAAAAUGCUAAUCUUAAUACUCAUAGUGAUCAACAGGUUUCUUCCUCUUAUUCAACAAUUUCGUGUCAAACAGAUAGCGAUCUAUCUUCUAGCAAAUGUUAUCUUCCUACAGCAAAGUCAAGUGAGAAAGUUGUUAACGUUAGUGCUCCUAUUAAUGAACACAUAUCUACCUCAGGUUCACUACUUUCAACAAUUUCGUGCCAAACAGAGAACAACUAUUCAAGAAAUGUGAAGAAGAUGGAUAGAUCUGCGCAAAUGCUUGAUUCCAGAAAUGUUGGAACAAAUGAAGCUAUGCAAGUGCCUGAUCUUACGGGACAAGUAGAGCAAACGCCGCAGUCUAUCUCUGAAAAUGAUACCGAAUAUAGAGAUCAGUUGGACUUCAACCUACUUAAUGAAAUCAACUUUAAUGAACUCCAAUCAAUGCUGGGAACUCUUCCUUCUAAGCAUGCACUAUCAGUAUCGGAACUUCUUUCCAGCAGCUCACAACAAGACGGGCAGUCAGUGCACGAAAGCGAUGACGAAUUGAUGUUAAAACUAUCUGAUCUUUCCAAAGAUCAGUUGAGUGUGUGUAGUGGUGUGCUGGAUGGCAAGAGAGAUAUGGCUGAAAGUAUCUAUCAAAAGAAGAGGAAAGUCAAAGGCAAUCGUGGCUCUACUAAAGCUAUUCAUACUUGGUCUCAGUUAAGCAGUGAAGAUGCUUCUACUCAAGAGCCGCAGACAAUAUUUCUUGAUUUAAGACCCGGGGCGAAUUUGGAGAAAGAAAAGGUAGACGUGUACAAUUAGCCUUAAAAAAUUAGAUUUAGGUCGGCAACACGACUGCAGUGACAGACCAGAUUUGACAAUAGCGUGCAUAUUCUGCUGAGGUGCAUAAGUAAAAACCUAAGUUGCUUCAAUUAGACACGUUCUUAAGUCCCGUUUACACUUGCAAUUUUUGCUGCGAUUUCUAGUGCGAUUUUCUCCUUCUGAUGCAUAUGAACGAGUAACGAAUGUCAUAACUUAUCCACUGGUUCACAUCCAUCAGAAGACGAAAAUCGCACCUAGGCCUUUAAAUUUAUAUCUUGCUUGCCGUUCUUUUUCUUUAGUUGUACGUUAAAGGGAGAAACAGACAUGGAUAUGAUCUGUGGGCUCAUUAUUCUCGUUCCUCUGAAUUGGCUUUGUUGAAUACCAUGUACCUAAACCAUACACCUAAACCAUACAAGUAUAAAUUGGUCGUCUAAAAUAGUAGCGUGUGCACCCGGCUUUAGGAAGGGCAUUCGCUCGGAACGUUGAAGUGUUUUAUUUUUUGCCCCUGUCACCAGUGUUUGCCACUGUUUCAUGCAGACACGAGGACAAUCAUUACAACUGGCCAGUCUGUUCGUGCUUUGAAUGAAAAGUCCCCGGGGAAAGUAUACAAGAAUGCCUGAAUGGAAGGAGAAGCUAUACGAUUUAGUUUUUACGCUGUUAUGAACGUCUGCUUAUUGGUAUUGUGUUUGUUUCUCCAGCAGGAAGAAGAGUAUUCCGAAUCCAUACAGCGAAUUUUAGGACUUAAUAAAGAAAGGUAUAAUAUUAAUAAUAAUAAUAUUAAUUAUUUUUUGUCCGGUCCGUAAUCUCAGGUCAGGACAACGUAAAUGGAGCCUUCUGAUUGGUUGACGAGAGGUCCGUAUCACACGAUACGAACCUCUCGCACACGUUACGGACCUCUCGCGUUUCACGCCAAAACAAACCCGAGGAGUGAAGAUAAUUUUCAAACUGAAAAAGUUAUCCAAAAAGUUGAAAAAUCUUCCCUAUUGAUGCUCAAGGUAGAAAAAUAAUCUAGUGUCGAGCCCGAAAUGUUCUUUUUGCGACCUAAAUGGGGAAAAAACAAGUAUUUCUUUGACAUAUACUGUAAGUAUCGAAAUAUCAGUGCUAAAUGUUUAGUUUCAGCAUAUAUUCAGCUAUACGUCGAAAAAUAUACGUUAAAAUAUAAAUACUGGAACCAAGCACUUGUCCUCAAACAUAAAAUAUGAAAAAAAUACAUUAAAACGGCAGUUUAAACAUGAUGUCUAGACUUUUGUUUCAAUCAUAUAUUUUUAUAAAUGUUGGCAUGAAAACAAUGUAAAAUGUUUUCGGCAAGUACAAUUUCUUGCUGCGUGUCGAAAGAGCAUUUUUGAAGCAUGCAUGAUUAGGAUUAAAUGAUCAGGAAAAUAAAUAGUUUUAAUCGCUUUACCUUUUUAUUGUCUUGUUGAAUAGAAAAGCAUCAAUAGACCUUAUGCAUAAUGACGUCACAAGGCUUGAUGCCCGCGAGGAAUGCUGGUCUCAGUAGUCAUGCAUCGCCCGGGAAAAUUUCGAUAGUGGCCAUUUUGAAUUGUUUAAUUUUCCUGAGCGAUGACUACUAAGACCAGCAUUCCUCGCGGGCAUCCAGCCUUGUGACGUCAUUGUGCGUAAGGUCUAUUGCAUAAAAAAUAAAGGCUUUUUAUCGUGUCGUUUUAGCAAGAUGUCAGCUAUGCUAGGACUAAAGUAACAAACACAACUGAUCUCAAACCCUCAAUGCUCAAACCUAGCAACAUUGGAGUUUUUAGGAAUUUGAUAAAGCAUCGAGCAAAACAAUAAAUACGUUAUUUACCUGUGAGGUCGGUCCGUACUUGAAAAAUAUUUUCCCUCGGUCUCAGAACGGACUUCUCAACCGGAAGGUGAUAUAUAUAUAUAUAUAUAUAUAUAUAUAUAUAUAUAUAUAUAUAUAUAUAUAUAUAUAUAUAUAUAUAUAUAUAUAUAUAUAUAUAUAUAUAUAUAUAUAUAUAUAUAUAUUCGCUAAAAGAAACCGCGGAGAACCCAGAGAAAAUCUGUAGUGCUUGGUUAAAAAAUCGAACUGAAAGAACGCUUCAUGAUUCAGAAAACUGCAUUAUUAAAAAAUCCACCCCCUGAUUCAAACCUGUGCAUUGCGCUGGUGUACGAUGACCAAUACCCCUCACUCAUGCGUUUUUGUAACUCAGUGGACAGUUAGUAGUCCACUAAGCUAGUGCAAUUUGCAAUGCGCAAUUUAGAAUGUAAGAUUUAUUUUCUUGAUUGUAUCGCUACUUCAUUGUACAGAAUAAUCAACCUAACACGGAAAGUGAAUUUUUCUGUAGAUCUGACAGUUCUUCAGAUGAUGGAAGUGAAGACGAACUUACCGAAUGGCGUGAAAUGCGCACGAAGCUGAAGGAAAGAGGAACACAAGAACCAGAAAACCACAAGAAAUCCGCACAUACAUAUGCCAGUAAAUUAAGCCCACGAAGGGGGAAAUCUACACCUUUCCCGCGGAAAAUUCCACAUACUACCAUGGAAAGACUAUCUGGAGAAGAAUUGACAGGUGGUUUACCACUUGAUAUAUGUAGUAAUGGUAAAGUCGAGGGUAUAGUGGAGGAAUCCGCGCAAAGUGCAACAACUUCACAAGCUGAAGCCAGCAUAUCUUCAGGAUCUAAGAUUGAUGAUAAGGAUCAAAACGAUGAAUGUUUACCAGAAGAAGAAAACAAAGAUCAAAGUGUUAGUCGAACAAUGACAGAGGAUGAGAGUUUUAUUGAUAUGAAGUUAAACCAUGAAGAAAUAAAAGCUCAAAAUGAUAAUAACGAGCGCAUGCCUUACAAUGUCGAAAAGGAUGAGACGUUCUCAGAAAGCCAUACAACUACUAGUGCUGUUGAUACAUGUGAUUCAACCAAUGGAAGAGAGAACGUAUUUCACAAUGAGAAUGGCGAGUACACCUCUUCCUCUGAUAGUCUUCAAGAUGAACAUCGUGAUGAAGAAAAUAUUGUUGAAUGUCUUGAAAAGGAAAAUAGUGUUGCUACACAGGAGUGUGGAAGUGACAAACGACUCGACAGCUCAAGUAGAAAUGCCUUUAAGAACAAAGUGUAUGUCCAGUUAGAUGAAAGAACUACCUCGUGUAAUAACAAAAGUGACGAGAAGCCAUCAAUUCAUCAUGAAACCGGUGCCAAUGCUGUACGUAUCGAUUGCAUAGCAAAGUCUCUCCCUGGGAGUGUAAAGUCAAACAUUCCCCAAGAAGCGCACUCGAUAAGCACGGCGGAUAUAAGAAAAAGUUUCCGAUUGAGUGGAACUGAAGAAAACUCUAGGGAUGAGGUGAAAGACCCAGUUAGAAAUUUAUCAGCAAGGAGAAAUAAAAAUAAGUAUAAAAAGAGAAAAGAGCUAGCUGAUUCAAGAGAAUGCGAGAAUUCUACAGAAUAUAUAGAGAAAUCUCAGCAUAAAACGAAAGUGAAACCUCGCAAAACCAUUCUUGAGCAGAAAUCAGACACAACCCAUCAGAACAGAGACGAAAAAACAAGUAUAAUGAAUGUAGAGGAUAUUUCUCAGAAACAAGAACUCUCAAACGAUGUGCUUGAUAUAGACUAUAUGAAGGAGGAAAAGACAAGGCCAUCCCUGAUUUCCAACCACAGAACAACCACACCGGACAGUGAGGAAAACAAACACAUAACCAAAAGUAAAAUGGUAUGUACGACAGGGCUUUUGCCCGCCUAAAAGAGACAUUAGAUCAGUUCAGAUUUGACUUCCACAACCGCUACUAUUAAGUAGAGCUGUGCAAACUCCGGUUAUUUUAGCUCCGGCUCCGGCAGUCAAAACUCCGGCAAGGAAAUUUUAAGGGAAUUUCAUAUUCGGAAGUAUUUUAGUGUAAUUUCAGAAUUUAUUUUAUUCCUUUUUGAGCUUUCUCCUCUACUUAUCAAAUAUAUUACGUUUUUUGGUGCUUGUUUAAACGACGUUUUGUAGAAAGUAAAACCGCAUGGCAGCGUGGUAUUUUCGCCCAAAGUACAUCGGGGUCAGUGGAUUUUUGUAUCAAAAGCGAUAGCGAUGCGCUUGCAGAAUUUUUGAAGCCACGAAUCAGAUUGGAGCAAGUAAUUAAACUUUAUAGUAACUUCAAAUCAUUCGACUUAAUUUUUCCAUUACCAAUAAUUUUUCAUAAUUUUGUCUGCCGGAGCUUUUGCCUGAGUUUUCCAACUCCAGCUCCGGCAAAAUAUGCCGGAGCUCCGGUACUCCGGCGCACAGCUCUACUAUUAAAGAACCAUUAACCAAUCAGUUGUGUUUGAUAUAUCCGAUUAAGCAAUCGGAUGGAUACCAAGCCAGUGAGCGGUGGUGGAAGUCAAAUCUGAAACCUCUCUAAUAUUAAUUUUUAUACUGAAAUUUAUGGCAGUUAUUGCGGCUAACAUCCUCUUCCCUUGGAGUCAUGUAUCUACCCAGAAAAACGACGUUUCUUCUCCACAGAAAAACGACGCAUAAACCUGCCAUCUGAAUGAGAUUAUAUGUAACCAUAGCGUUCUAACAUUAAUACUUACGGACUGGACCAAGUCACGGCCCCAAGGUCGCAGUCAACAAGUAUACCUAGUCUGACUCGUACCUAGUGUCCUAGUCCGUCCCUGAAAUGAGGAUUGAAAAAAUAAUGAUGCAUGAUGGGAAAUUUAUGACACUCUUCUGUCCACUAAUAUAUACAGUAUAUUGUACUCAUUGACGAGUGGGUACGAGUCAGGUACCAUGUGUCAAAGAAAAUAAAAGGAAACGAAAAAGCUCCAUGCGGAUUUUUCUUCCAUAACUGUGAACGAUUCUAUUAUUCACCGGUUAUAAAUGUCUUAUCAGAACUACCGCGCAGAACUGUUGCCAGCAGACAGUUGAAUUUCGUUUCUUUCACUUGAUACGUUCUCGUUCAAUGAGAUGCAUAUAAUUUAUAUGAAUUUUGACACUUUGUAUAUAUAAUAAAUUCUUAUAUUCAUUUUGUAUUUAAGGACACACGCUCAGCAAACUCAUCGGAUGCGACAAAACAACAAAAACAAAGAAGCCAAAAAGAAAUGAAGAAACUUAAGGAGAAACUAAGAAUAAAUCUUGAAAAUAUGAGACCCAUUGUCACGACAAAUGGAAAGUAUCCUGCUGCGUAUAAUACACCAAUCAUAUAUGAUCAGGUUAUAAUCAAGUGAUUUACAGUAUGUAUGGGGGGGGGGGGUAACCAUUUGUUUUCUUAGGGGCAGCAGUGGCCAUGGCUAGAUUCGCCACUGACUGGGGAAGGAUGCCAGGGGUUUUUUUUUAUAUUUCCCACAACCAAGUUCUGUGAAAAAGAAUUAUCUGGCACACAAACGGAAUUGCAAAAUUUAAUCUUACAAAAACUCCAAUGAAUCAUACAAAAAUUCCACCUUCUCCUCAGAACUCAAGGGUUGCCCCUAUAGUAGUUUUUCUGUAACGUUUCUACAUUCCUAAGGGUAAUUUGGCCGAAAAAAUAACCCGCAAAACUCUACCUUGAAAUAUACAUUCAAAUGCAAAACAAAUUGAGAAAAUUAAUUGUUUGCACUGUAUUUGUAUUCCAGGAUGCCUCAUUUGAACAACAGCAUCCUGGCUUACUGUCCGCAACAGAAGACCAACUUAGUUUACUACUUGUUGUCACGUUAUCUGGGUGCGGUGAAAUCAAUAAUCAACACUCUAAAGGACGAACUUUGGGUUCAGGAAGUGAAGUCAACUACUACUUUGCUUUGGUAUCGUGGUUCCUUUACCUUUGUGGCCCUAAUAACAGUGACGGUUCCGUACCAUUCACUGUCGUCGGUAUGCAGCAAACCUGUCAAAAUGGUCUACUACAACUCUUUGUCGGUGUUCAACCAAAUGAGAAAGUGUUUUAUUUAAAUACUGCAAAAGGUUCCAAGAAGAACAAAACACGUGCUUUCCAUAAGGCAAUCUCCAAGUAUCUUUCUACACGUUCAUUAAGAACUGUUUACCAAAACAUGGAAAACGUUUACCUAAAUGGCAGUUGUCAAGUUGAUGAGAAUUCCUACAGUUCAAAGAUGUUAUCAACGUGUAUUAGCGUUGGGCAAGACUGGAACGCAGUGAGACGUGUGUUUAGCAGUAAACCUGGCUUUUAUUGGGAAACGAUGGAACUUGAAGGUGGCAAUGAUGUUGUCCAAGACCGUCAUUCCUGUGACAUAAAUGUGGAAAAUACCGUUGUGUUUAUACGAGCUCCUCUGUAUUAUCACCCUUCUUGUGUACUUGAUUUAUUCAUGCGUAUUGAGAACGAAGGUUGUGAUGUGGCUGGACUUCGGCUGACUCUUGAAUUUGAUUCUUCAGGUAUUGUGCUUUUAUCUACUGUACUUAUUAGUCCGUUGCGACUAGCAGGGCGGCAUUUUCAUUUUUCCUUAAACUUCGUAGUCUUUGGUGUCACGGACAAAUUUAGGGUAAUUUAUGGAUAAUGUGGGUCAAGUUGGAUCGCUUAGUAUUACAUAUCCGAUAAGUUAUUAGCUUCCUCCACAGGGUGACAUUAACCCACCCCUAAGAAAUGUCUACGGAGGAGGCUAUAACGUAGUAUUCAAUGACGUUCAAGUGCGUUGGCUACUAUCUUCGAAACGAAAGGUCUUCGUUUGUAACUCCGAAGUCCUUUUAAUCUUGUUAAAAUCACAUCAGGUUAUUGUUCAAUAAGUAAUACCUACACUGAACCCCUACGAUUGAGAUAUCGUAAUGGGAGAAACCUAGUGACAAGCAUGGUCAAUCUUUUAUUUUCUCUUUAGCUAGUGCCGUAUGCCAGAAUGGAGACCAUGAGAUCCUUCAGUCAGGAUGUGAUCCACAACCUACUUUUAUCUUGGCGGUCAGAGGUCCGUUUGCCAUUGCGAAGAUGAAGAAAAUCAUUGGAUCCAAGAUUCCGUUGUUAGAUGACCCACGAGAGACACCCUCCCUUCGUUCUUUAUACUGUUCCACCAAUACUGAAGAUAAAUUGUUUUACUGUCCAAGUUACUCCAGUCAAGCUGCGACCCAAUUGUCCCGUAUGUUUGGUGGACGUCUGACGGAGGACGAUGUUGCAGCUGUAGAGGGAUCUAGUAGCAAGUCCAAACCAUCUUCACCAGACAGUGUUCUUGCUCAGAAACCUCCUGCAUUUCUGGUGUCUUCAACCCGUGUUGCAUUCUACCUCAUCAUCUCGCCUGUAGUUCCUCCAAGUUUUUUUGGUGAGCUUCUUCAUACCUGCUCUCUCCGAGGCUUUGUCUUGCAUGGUAUACGUAGAGUGCAACUUAGUAAACGUCAGGGAACAAGCCUUGGUUUCUCACAGCUGCAGUUCCAUGUAUUCUGUCCAUCGUCUGGAAAUACACCUGUGCAAAGUCCAAGUGGGUCUCCGCCAGGCAGUCCGGCCAGGCGGAAAUCAAAUCUGAGUUUGGAAGCCACGUUAGCCUUGACGAAGACGAGCAAAUCCUAUCCUUCAACCAUCCUCGUAUUACAGAAAGAAAACGGGUUAUACCAUGCUGCAAGUUUGGCGAAACAUUUAUUUGAAUCAUUGAAGGAUUGGACGUCAACCAAUCCUACCAGUUUGCCUGAUCUCGAAGAAACCUCACCACGAAUGUAUUUAACCAUCACGCAGUUAAACGAGGCCAGCUCAAAAUCAUUAUGGGGAGACGUAUGCUUUAAGCCUAGUACCAGUCUUAUCAAACAUGCCAGAAAUAAUCGAUUUUUGUUAAGUUCUGAAGUAGAGCAAGUAUGUGUGCUUAGUUCAGUGAGCAAGGAAGCUAUUCAGCAUGUUGGAAUACUUCUAAAGAAGCUCACCAAUAGCAAUCAUAUUGCAGGUGAUUGGGAAUUACUUGGAAUGAAGAGCUUCCCAAGUCUCAGUCUUGUUCAAGCAAGGGAGGUUACCCCGCAUGAAGUUGGUGAUCGUUCUUGGCUAAGCAGCGUGAAGCUGUUGAUGUCAGCCGCCGUGUUUGUCUGCGUUUUGAGAGGGAUCAAUAUCAUCCAUCGUGUGCGUGAUUUCAUCAUUGCCCUUGCUAAGAUCUCGACCAAAGAAGAUGGUUGUCUACACGAAGGUUGGUGGUUAUCCCAGACAGCUGAGGUUGCAUAUCGACAGCUAACCGUGUUAUUUGAAGAAUCAGAAUUAUUUUCUGAUGAAACAAACAGAACAAACACCAAAUUUGUCCCACCACUCCGUAAAAGAUCAUUACAAAGCUCCACGCAAAGAGAAUCAAAGGAAUUCCACCAGAAACAGCGUCGGAAGUUGCAUGAUCACAAGGCAUGUUCAACUGAUGAUUCAUCUACCAGUGUAGAAACUACACAGUUCAAUGAGGUACCAAUCAUACAAUCACUGCUGGCUGGUCCAAGACCAUUACCCACGAUUGCAUUGAUUAAACCUUCAUGUGUUGUAAACACAAAGAAGAUUAGUAAAAUAUUUAAGAGUGUUCUCCAAGAGAACUUUAAUAUCGUGGCAUUGAGCAUGAGAGUGUUGACUCAAAGUGAAGCACAAGUGUUAGUCCGCGAUGGUGAACCGGUAAGUUAACUUGUUUUGAUAUUUUUUAUUAGUAUAGGUAAUAGCAUGGUUUCUAGUGCAAUUUGGAUAUAACAUGCACGAGUGAGUUUUUCAAAGGCCUCAAAAUAGCACGAGUCCGAAGGACGACUGGCUUUGUUAUAUCACAUUAUACAACGCUAACAGCUUGAAAAUUCCACUCAACUAUGUAAUUUUUGUUAGUCUUGUUUAAGGUAAAUUCUUUUCCAUUUAAAAAUAAAGAUAAAAGCCACAAGGCAACUUUUACUUUGUGUAGCGCGGCGCCAUGUUUGUUUUGUUUUGAAGCAAUCUGUGACCGUUACUUCUUUAAACUAAAUUGCUUUAAACUGAUUGGUUGAUUUAAUCACCGCAAUGUUUUUCCACCAAUCACAUCAGUUUGUUACAGAUUUUGCACUGUGAUUACAGAAAAUUGCACUGUGAUUACAAAAAAUUGCACUGUGAUUACAGAAAAUUGCACUGUGAUUACAGAAAAUUGCACUGCUGUUUGGGAUUAACUGCACUGAAAUCAACCAAUCACAGUCGAGUAAUAUCUUUAUGUAUAUUAUUACUUUGAUAACAAUUGAUUAUGACGUCACUAUGAGCCAAUGUCUGUGUACAUAAUUAUAACAUCGUGACAGAAUGAUCUUAGAUAUGCUUAGUUAUUUAUAGGAUGAUUGAUUUAGACCUGACCAGGAGCAGCUGUGAAAUACAGUGCCGAAUAAGAGAAAAAAAAACAAUUUAUAUAAUUAUUAAAUAUUCUGACCACAAUAGGCUCGCUACUCGCGUGCCCCUCACCCGCGCUUCUAAACGCAAUAUGCGGUCAGGAAUCAAGCCUAAACCCCUGCGACUCCGGUGCAGCUACAGAGUCCAGUUGCCGAGUAUUAACCACAAGUUCUUGUAUAUAUGGCAAGGUGAUUGCUGGUGUUAGGUGUAUGGGUAAAUAUCAAUAUUUUGAGUAUCUCGCUCAAUAGAACUCAAUGAAAAAUCCCUACCAUGCAACUGUGCUAAUUGUAGAACUGAUAAAUAUGGCGAGUGAAAAGAUGUGUCUUUUUUAUUAAUUCAUUCUCUAGGACUACGAUGAUCAUAUCCAGUACUUAUCUUCUGGUGCAUCACUUGUGCUAUGCUUACAACGUGAGAACGCUGUCAAGAAACUUCUAGAUAUCUUAGGACCGGAAGAUCCUAUUAUUGCUCGUAGUCUUGAUCCAUUUCUACUCCGUGGUUGUUAUGGUGUAGACUCGAUUCACAACGCCAUUCACGGUAAUAUAUCAAAAAGCGUGAGGUUUUGUUUGUGCGUUUUGUGUAGAAUUCGCUCGUAGGAUUUGAAAACUUUUCUUUUUUGAGAAUGGUAGAUCAUAUUCAACAACCCAAUCUCGCUCGUACAGAAAGUACUGAGGCCAAAAAAAAAAUAUGUGGGUUUCCGGUUUCUUCUUAUAAAAACUUAGGUAGGGUAGGUCGGUUUUAACUUUUUUUUUAAACUUUUUUUUUAAUUUUCCGAACAAGCGGACGCCAUUUUGUUUAGUCAGUGCUUCCACAUCCAAAGAUAAAUUUCCCUAAUAUUGCCUCAAAUUUCAAUUUUCCACAAACUUUUUCCUCUAAGUGGAAACACUUACAACCAUGAUCCAAUAAAAAAGUUUAGGGUCGGGAUUUUGACGUCCAAAAGCUAGGUAGGGUCGGGAAACCGGAAACCCACAUAUUUUUUUUUUGCCUGAGCAAUGUGUUCGACUGUUUCAGGUCGCCACAAUGACGUCACUGAACAGCUGAUUCGCACGUUGUAAGCCAAUACGAUUUUUGGUUACAAUUUCAAUUUAUACGUUUAAUUAAUACGUUAAUUUCAUUAGAGGGGUGUACGUUACGUUAGGGGAGGUUUGACGUCGCAAGAAUUCUAUCACUAAUUCUGUGCUCAGCCGAACAGAAUAAUCAGACUUCUUCAUUAUAUUCACAGGUUCAGAGUCAUAUAGUUCAGCUGUUUGUGAAUUGAAAAUGCUCUUUCCUUGUGGUGUUUGUUGUGACCAGACAGUGGAUCUCGAAGCAGAGCAGGUAAAACCAGGAUGAGUUAAUCUUGCAAAAAAAUAAUAAUCACACCAAAUUAUACGUUCUUGGUUAUUUAUCCACCAAAUAUAGUCUGGUUAAUGUAUCCAGGACGUUCUGGUCAAAUAUAACCAUGGUUACGUUAGCCAGAACCAGGGAUAUUAACUGAAGUUAACCCAAAUUAUUUCUAGGUUAAUUUUAAGGUGGCUCGAUACAGUUUUCAAAACGUCGAGUGUGUAAUAGUUUGACAGUUGUAAACGUCGUAGUUUUAGGUUUUAUGCAGCAGAUAUCAGGAUGUUCAUCUAUUUUGAUGUUUCUUUCAAUUUAUGUCCGUUUUGGUAACACAUAGUUAGUUGCUAUGGCAAAACAGGCGUACGAAAUUCACUCGAAAAUAACCUAUUUCUUUGUGUUGUUCGAAAAAAAGCACGGUGACCCCCAUUUUUUUCAUGCAUCAUUUAACUUGGAACAUGCCGUACACUAACAAUAAGCAAAAUAUAAAAAAAAUUCUGUAAUGCCAGUUUUUUGAAAAACGCAAAAAUGCCGUUUUUUCAAUAAAUAUUUUUGGCACUACAGAAUUUUUUUAUUUUUAUUAUAUUGAAAGAAGUUUGCAGUACAAUGCAGUGUGCAAAAUUUCAGCAUAGGUCUCCGAACAAAAUAAUGAAUAACAGCGCAUUGUUUUUAAAAAAUUGACAUUUUUAAUGACGUCAGCAAUUGACAUGCAAUGCGUUAUAAACUUGUACAAUGGCGCGAGAUCGAUGGCGUGAGCAAGUCGCCACAUCAGGUCAUAUAUGUAAGUGCUUUCGUUAAUAUUCCCGCGGGUUUGUUCAUAUAACACAACGUUUUGUUUUCGCGAUUCUUGUAUAACGGAUUUUGUGUGGAUUAAUAUAUCGAGCCGCCUUAACCAGGAAAAUUUUAACCAAGGUGUUUUUAAUUUUUUCAUAUAAAAUACUUAACUUCUAUUCAUAUAUACAUUAUUCCUACUGAUUCAUUUCAAUGCUGAUUUUACAGAUUCCUUGUCGUGCCUUUGAUGCAACAAUUGGAAAGGAAACAGAACGAAAGUUGACAAAAUGUAAUUCUUACAUAGUUAUUUUGAGACUGCUUGGAACAACGAAAAAUUUCUUGUUAUACCAAACGGGAUAGGGAUUUGUAGCCGGCUGCCACACUCUACCCAUUGUACCAUUGAGUCAUUUGGAUUAUUCGAUAUGUUUAAAUCUUGUAUUUGUUGCCAGUCAUAAAUAGAGAGAUUCAGAUUUUGACUACCGCUACCAUUAACCAAUCAAAUGGGUUUACUUUAAUCUAUCCGACUAACCAAUGAAAUGCGUAUUAAGCCAGUGAGAAGUAUCGGUAGUGCAUGGAAGUCAAUCUAAAUAUCUCUGAUGAUAAAUCGUACUUUACAAUGUUGCUUUAAUCAUAACAUGACCAUAAGCAAGUUUCUUGAUUAGCGUUGCAUUUUGAAAGGUAUAUCUUAAAAUAGAAUAUAUCUGACUCGUUUACAGUCGCUCAUCCCGCGUUGAAUGAUGAGAAUACAUCAAGCAUGGGCCUUUGCGUCCUAUUGUCCAACCCGCAUAGGCUACAUGAUCUUUAUUUUUUUCGAAACAAAUUUGAGGGACUGUGGAAGAGUCCGUAUCUUUCAGUGAGCUCCAUAUAUAUCUGGAGCGAGAUCUCGAGUCUAAAAAGUGAAGCCAAAGAUGGAGGAUUGGACGUCAACUUCAGUCCCUUUCUAUUGUUUUUGUCUGCAAGGAAUGUACCGAAAUUUCGUGUUUUGACUUCGAUUUAAAGAAUAAUACAAUGGUUUUAUGAACUGAUAACUUGAUUAGCGAUACGGUCCGUUAGAAGUAGCUGUACGGUCCGUUGGACUGAUUAGCUGUAUUAAAACUGUUUACAACUUCAUACUAUUGCAGUAUUGGACGCCAAUUCCGCCGUCUUGCCUUCACUUUUCUUAUGGGCCGCGAAUUAUUGAAGUUCUUCAUUGCUUACACUGAAUCAAAAUAUCUUUUCUUCCAUCUUGAAUCACUGUGUUCUAAUAUAUUUGUUUUGAAAUAUUUCCCUAGGUGUAACCCAUUCGUCAGGGACUGGUUUGAUCAGUUCUUUGGUUGAGAUCAACUGUGUGAUAUUAACCCACCAUAUUGUGUACGGCCGAAAUGACAGGAAGCAGAUUGCAUUAGUUGAAGUGUUGGAAUGUUUAUUAUCUACGAACUUCGUUCUGGUUGGUAUGAAGAUGGCAAUUUUAUCACAUGAUCAAGUUAAUGAAUUUCUCACGUUAACUGGUUCAAAAUCACACAGCAAACAGAAUUUGGUAGGUGUAUUUUUAUGCUAAUAUCAUUUUAGUCAAUUUACUCGAUUUUGAUUGAUUAAAAACCAUAGGUAGCCCAACAAUCAGUGUUAUUAAUUCAUUUACUUAGUCCCCGACUGCAUAACGUACAUGAUCUGACCGCGCGUGAACAAUGCAGUCGGGGACUAAGUAGUAGUAUGAUUUUAUUGAACAGAAAUGAAUGAAUAACACUGAUUGUUGGGCUACCUAUGUUAAAAACUGCGCCGAUUAAACAUUAAUCGGCAUGGAUACGAGCCCGCGUGCAUUCCGCACGCUCACGUGAGUGCAGAAAUUUAAACGCAAUAUCUAAAUAAACAACGUGAAAAUUUAUAUUUUCUGAGCUCUAAUUUUGCAAUGAGCUCUUGGACAGAAGAUAAAGAUGAAAUAAAAAUUGUUCACAGUUUUUACAUGUAUGAAUUGAGAAUUAAUGUCAGAAUAUAUAAUUUUAAUACAAUGUUUCUUGUCAUUGAUUAAAAAAUUAAAAGUAUAGUGAUUAUAAAAGUAAAGUUAAUUAUAACAUUAUAUUAUAAUUUUUUCCUGUGCAUGAGUUAUUACUGUCGUGCUUCCUCCUACGCUCUAUUAUAAAGGAACUUAUUACUACAGCGAUAAGAGUUUUUAUUGCUUCCCGCAAUAAUUUAUAGUUAAAAUUAAUUAUGCGAAAUAGGUUAUUUGCGCGCGCAAGUUAAUUUAAGUAUAGUCACGUGAUUGGAAGGUUCGGUAGUUAUCAAUGGUGAAGCGGGCCAUCUUUCCUUUCCUAUUCCACGAGGGCUGCAGUGCACAUCAAGAAAUUGGACGAAAGAGAUUUACUCACCCUCCUCCCCGUUUUUGGACGCUAUAUAUUGAACUUAUAUAGAUAUGUUAUGUGUAGUGGGCGUUAGUAAUACCCCCAACUCUUCUGUGCUAAAUGUUAUAUAGUUAUUAAUUAAUAAUUUUUCUUGUUAAUUAUUAAAAAUUGAUUAAAACAAAGCGGCUAUGUGCUGACAACCGGGCACAUAUAGCCAUAAUUAUGCCAUAAAGGCUUUGACUGCAGGUCUUGUGGUAUUCGAAACUUGAAAACCGAGCUCAACCUGACAAACCGUUUGCCGAUUAUGGUUUAAUAUAUGCAGGGAAGCGAUAAAUAUUUUCUCGUGCUACGCACUCGCAGUAUUAUAAAUAUUUCGCCAAACACGUGUGCGAAUUUCAUUAAUACCUAUACCAAUAUUGGUGGUUUAUAAUCAAUCCCUUGAGAUAUGUAUAAGACAAAGAUAUGGCGGCCAUGUUGAAGGAAAUCACGCUCCAAAUACAAUAUAGGAAGAGAUUAUUUCGCUGGCCUCAGAGUGACAAAAUGUAACAAAGUAACGGUUUUACUAACACUAACCCUACUCCAAACAUCAACUCUAACCUUAAUCCUAACCUAACCUAACCCUACUCCAAAUUUGUUUCUAAACCAAUCUUGAAGAAAAAAGUUUUGACGAAAUGCCGGGAGGUCAGCGAAAUAGUUGAUGCCUACAAUAUAGCUGCCAGUGAUUUUGUUAGCUUUCCUCCAACAUGGCCGCCAUGCCGUCAUUCGUCAAGUGCAAACCAAGAAUACAGGAUGUCUAAGAAAAUAUAGUCCGGUUUUGACUAAUUAUAUUCAUACAGUUAUAUAGUAUACGUUUAUACAGGUUGUAUAAAAAAUCAGCCUAUUUAUAAUAAAUAAUCCUACUAUAAAGUAAUAAAACUUUAGUAAAUAAUGUUCGUGUGCGUUUUUCAAACUCUUUUUUCAUACAAAUGCGUGAACUUUGCUGUAGUUUAAAUCAUACAAAGAAAAUGCACAAGGAUACUUGAACGUGAUGGUUUAGAAAAAGAUGAUGUAAAUUUGUAUCUUCAAGUGGCAUUCUUGACGUUUUUGAACGCCGUACGUGAGAGUCGCUUCGCGAACAUUGCCAUUGGGAUAUAAAAUUUCCUCACGUAUUUGCAUGCAGUGUUCCCUGCACAAUAAUACAAUAUAUUAGUACUUCUGACAAUAAAGAUGACUUUUAAAUACUGAGCCAUUUACUAUAAAAAUGAGCCCUUCAAACAAACCGCCAUAUAUGGAAACCGAAAUUUGAUUUGAGACAACAUUGGCCGAUUGUAAUAACUCGCACAGGAAAAAUUUUGACAUCAAUGAUUGAACACUUCCAAGAUAAUGCCAACAAGUCAUAAAAACGUCAUAAGUCAAUAAAGACAUAAGUCAUAGUCGAAUCAUAAGUCAAUAACUAAAUUUCACCCUUUUCCUUCGGUAAUUAAUGUUUUUAAAAAUAAAACUUUGCACAUUUUUGCAUGUCGGCCAAAACAGAAGCAAUAUUUAAAAUGUUUAUCCGGCGAAGACGAAGGGAAUUUUUUAAUAUUGAUUUAUGACGUUUUUUAAAUUUUCUGAAAAACGUGUCAAUGGAAUUUUUUUAAAUGAAGAAAAAAGAUCAUUAUACUGGUAUUGCCUUUUAUGCAAAGUUUUAAAAAAUUUACCGAAAGAAAUGUUUUAAAUGGCUGGAAAGCCCGAAGGACAUGCAUGUUGCCAUGCUACCGGACUUUCAACACAAAAGUAGCACAUUGUAAUAUUCAAGAGGGCAAUGUCAGUGUUUCCUAUAAAUUUCGUCAUCAUGUCAUGUAAAGUGCAGUAACAAGAGUCUUCUGAAUACUACACGGUGUAUUAAAAACCUUUCGGUGUAUUAAAAACCUUUUGGUGUAUUAAAAACCUUUCGGUGUAUUAAAAACGGUGUAUGACAAGACCUUUAGAAAUCAAGCUGUUGUUGUUAAGCACAAGAUUUUAUGCUCAUGGGAAUUUAAGGUGGCUCAAUACAGUUUUUGAAAUAUGACAAAAUCGUGAUUUAGAUUUAAUUUUUUGAAGAGAGGUUUCUUGUUAGAAGACAAAAAUUGUACCACAUAUAUUGAGCAAUCUUCUAAGAGUUGAAAAUUGUUCACAAAAAUGACGUCAUAACCGUUGCUAUGGUAACCCAUUAACCCUUUCAACCCAUUUUACUCGAAAAAAAAGGCCGGUUACCCCCAUUUUUUAUUUCGUGAAACGUUUACAUUCAGAAAAAUGAAUGAUGUGAACAAGUUUAAAAAAUUUUGUAGAUCCAAAAAAGAUUUAUCACGAAAAAUCACGUUUUUUAAUUUUUUAAAAAUACUGAUCUACAUAAUUUUUUAAAAUUUGUUCAUAUCAUUCAUUUUUCUAAAUGAAAAUGUUUCACGAAAUAAAAAAUGGAAGUAACCGGCCUUUUUUCGAUUAAAAUGUGUUAAAAGGUAAAAUGUCGGCCAUAUUGAAAAGUCACUGUUACCAUAGCAACGAUAAUGACGUCACGUUUUUUAACAAUUUUCAACUCUUAGAAGAUUGCUCAACAUAUGUGGUACAAUUUUUGUCUGCUAACAAGAAACCUGUCUUCAAAAAAUUAAAUCACGAUUUUGUCAUUUUUCAAAAACUGUAUUGAGCCACCUUAAAUUGGCUUCUUCUCGUAUGAAGGAGCAUAACUGCAUAAAAUAUUGUCAUAUUAGUAAUUAGUAAUAUCAUCAGUUGGAAUAAAAAUGGCAGAACUGACCACAGAGCAACGAGUUUUUUAUUGUUUUACGCGCUCUGUUAAAUUAAUCAGCAUAUAACACUCGCAUGUUGGACGAAACGAAAUUAAAGUUUUAAAUAACUUCCUCAUGCAUAAAAUUCAUUUCCAUUCUAUUUUAUGCACCCAUGGGUUUAACAUACUAUAGUGCUAUGCAUUUAAAUCCCAACAAUAGCUUGAUUUCUAAAGGUCUCGUUUUUCUCUACACCCUGUGUAUAGGGUGUCCCGAAAAAAAGUAUACAGGGUGUCCCCCAAAAAACCAAAAGCAUUGAAAUUAACGCAUUGUUUGAAUUUGAAUGCCCUAGCACUCUGCUGAAGUGCUGAACCCACACGUGCAUCAAAGCUUGACGUAAGUAAAUUUUAUGCAUAAAGAAACCGUUUAAGAAGCUGUUUUAAAUUCCAAAGAGCAGAAAAUCGUGCGCUUUACAAAGAUAUUUUAAUUUCUUAAUAAGUCAAUAUUUAAUAUAUGCAUCCUUGUCAAAUAUUUUACGCAUCUUUGCAUUCAAAUUCAAAGGGCAUUCAAAUUCAAACAAUCCGUUAAUUUCAAUGCUUUUGGUUUUUUGGGGACACCCUGUACAGUACAGGGUGUAUAAAAAAAAGCGCAACCUCGGAAUUUCCCAAGAAAUCCACAUUGUUUUAAAGACAAAAGAUUUUAGGCGCCUGAGAAUUUAAAAUAGCACAACUGUCAAAAUUACUGCACACGCGCGAGUGCAUAAAGCAAAAUUUAUGCAUUUAUUUAAUCACAACAACAGUAAUAUGAUCUAUUAGCAAUUCGAUUUCAAUUCUCAGGGGCCUAAAAUCUUUUAUGCUUAAGAAUUGCAAAGUGAUUUCUUAGGAAAUUCCGAGGUUGCGUUUUUUUUGCGCAACCUCGGAAUUUCCUAAGAAAUCACUUUGCAAUUCUUAAGCAUAAAAGAUUUUAGGCCCCUGGGUAUUGCAAUCGAAUUGCUAAUAGAUCAUAUUACUGUUGUUGUGCAUUAAAUAAAUGCAUAAAUUUUGCUUUAUGCACUCGCGUGUGCAGUAAUUUUGACAGUUAUGCUAUUUUAAAUUCCCAGGCGCCUAAAAUCUUUUGUCUUUAAAACAAUGUCGAUUUCUUGGGAAAUUCCAAGGUUGCGCUUUUUUUGAUACACUCUGUAUAUACCUUUUGAAAUUUUCCUAUUGUAAUAAUUUGAAUGCCUGAGCAAUUAUGCUGUACCCACGGAAGCGUCAAAUACAGGAUGUAUUGAAAAGCAAGACCUUGAUAAAUAACUCCUGGGAAUAAUACUACCUGGGAAUUGAAAAUAGCUUCUAAUCGUAUGAAUUAUAAAGAGCAUAACUACAUACAAAAUUGUCAAAUUACUAAUUAGUCAUAUCACUUCAUUCUGUUUUACGCACCCGUGCAGGGUUCAACAUAGUAAUAUGGCAUUCAAAUUCCAACAAAGGCUUGAUUUUAAAAGGUAUACUUUUGGGGGGACACCCUGUACAGGGUGUAUCAAAAAAAGCGCAACCUCGGAAUUUCCCAAAAAAUCGACAUUGUUUUAAAGACAAAAGAUUUUAGGCGCCUGGGAAUUUAAAAUAGCAUAACUGUCAAAAUUACUGCACACGCGAGUGCAUAAAGCAAAAUUUAUGCAUUUAUUUAAUGCACAACAACAGUAAUAUGAUCUAUUAGCAAUUCGAUUUCAAUUCCCAGGGGCCUAAAAUCUUUUAUGCUUAAGAAUUGCAAAGUGAUUUCUUAGGAAAUUCCGAGGUUGCGUUUUUGUUGAUACACCCUGUAGUGUAAUAUAAUGCAAAAACCUUUCAGGGAACCAUUUCAAUACUCAACAAUAUCAAUUCCCAUGGGAAAAAUGCAAUUUCGACCAGCCACUUUAAAUCAGAUCGUGCUGUUUUGCUAUUUUUUAUCUCCAUGAUUCAACAACGUGUCAUUUGAGAACUAAAAGCUUGAUCUUUAAUUAUUGGUAUAAAAAAUGAAAUCUAUGACUAUGUAAUAAAUCUAAUAUUGGUAUGAAAAAUUUGAUACUUGAUGCACGAUUUGAUACUUGAUGAUACUUGAUCCAAAGUUGGAUUACCUGUUUUGAUACACCCUGUAUUUCCUUUUCUGGGAAUGAAUUAAAUAGUUGCAGCACUUCCGGGUCACGUACUUUUUGGUUGCCGCUGUUUGUGUAGUUUAUACUAGUUAAGAGGCAAUUUUUUUUCAAAUAUGCCGAGUAUUUGCGAUGAAAAGUGUUCAAAGCCUAAAAUCGUUUUGGCGUUCCUCUCAAAAUUACUUUGUUUUAGCUUUAUUUUGUAGUUUACACAGUUAGCAACCUUUUCAAAUGUAUCUGGCGGUUGAGAAACAUAAAAUAACAGUAAAACUAAAAAAUUGUCAAUUUAAAUACAAUUAUCAUUGAUUGAUACUCUUGAUUUUAGCAUAAAUUUACGAAUAAAGCAUCAAAUAAACUUUAAGUUUGUUUGCCGCUUGAGAAACGUAGUUUUGAGCGCGUAUUACGUGACAUACAAAAGAUUCUCCUCUUUAUAAUACUCUUGCUUGUAUUUCUAGGAAAAGGAACUAACAGAAGGACCAUGUAUUAUACUUGCUUUACAAAGAGACAAUGCUAUUACAUGUUUUGAUUCCAUCAUUGAAAGGUAUGGUUAUCCCGUGUGAACAUUUCAUAGAUAUCUUAUACACUAGAUAUAGCGCAUCUCUUUUAGUAAAAUUGAAGCCAAGAAUAUUCCAGCGGUUACCCCCAUUUGAAUAGAUGGCGGCCAUGUUGGAGUUUCCCACUCGCUAAUAAACGCUUUAAAAACAACAAUAACUUUUAUCAUUUGAAUAGUUUGAAAAUAGAUUUGGAAUAGGUUUAACUUAAUGUUUAAGUUCCCUGUUUAAGAGAUAGAAAACAUACGGGUCUUCUCAUUUCAUGAGAAUAUCCUGAGUCUGUAAUCACGGCUUCAAUUUUUGAAUUGCAGAAUAAUUAGAUACACUAUCUAGUAUAUAUAAGAUAUCUAUGGAACAUUUAGUAAACAGCUGUGGUGUGAGAAAUAUAAACUUCGAUUUCCCGACGAAGGUCCUUCGCUCGAAACGUCCAAGUUCUGUUUUUCAGAUAGUUGUAUCUCUCACAAUGAUCUGAUUGCUUGCACUUCACUUGGUGGAAUUAAUAUUAGAAUGCUGUUUUUUAAGGGUUUGUAAUCCAAGUGAGUAUAUAUAUACACUUUAAGACCUGACCAGGAACGACUGCGAAAAAUGCAGCACAAGGUCCUCUGGUAGGAAUUGAACCUACGGCCCUGCGAUUCCGGUAAGCGCUCUAACCAACUGAGCUACAGAGGCCAGCUGUUGAGCUAUAACCGUAAGUUCAUGUAUAUAUAGGUAAUCGGGUGUGCGGGUUGUGAUAGGGUGGACUUCAAUGAUCUGAUUGCUUGCACUUCACUUGGUGGAAUUAAUAUUAGAAUGCUGUUUUUUAAGGGUAAAAAAACAGCAUUCUAAUAUUAAUUCCUUAAAAAACAGCAUUCUAAUAUUAAUUCCACCAAGUGAAGUGCAAGCAAUCAGAUCAUUGAAGUCCACCUUAUCACAACCCGCACACCCGAUUACCUAUAUAUAUACAUGAACUUACGGUUACAGCUCAACAGCUGGCCUCUGUAGCUCAGUUAGUUAGAGCGCUGCAUCGGAAUCGCAGGGCCGUAGGUUCUAUUCCUACCAGAGGACCUUGUGCUGCAUUUUUCGCAGUCGUUCCUGGUCAGGUCUUAAAGUGUAUAUAUACUCACUUGUAUCUCUCACACACCGCAGCUGUUUGUUAUCGUCGCUACCUACACUGGCACCGACCUUUAGAUUUUUAGGUCCCCAAAAAACUCAGUUUAAAGUCAGUUGUGGAGAAAAUAGAACAAAGUGACAGCUCUCUCUUUCUCGGUUUCUACCUUCGACUAGUGAAAGUGUACAUGGACGUGAUCUCCGUAAUAGUAAAAACCGCAUGUCCUUUUUAUGCAGGACUAAUAGAUACAAAAGUAGUUUCUUCCCUUCUUUAAUUGAUAUACAUUGAACUCAAAACGGACACGAUUGGAAUUAUCUUAAUGUAAACACAUGUACAGCAGUUUUUUUUACGAUUUUCGCUUUUUAGAUACUGAUUUAGUUAUUUGUAGUAGGUAUUUUGUAACACAUACGGCAAAUCAUUCUUAUGGGAGUAUGUAACACAUACGGCAAAUCAUUCUUAUCUACCCCUGAGGCUUCAUUGAUUGUAUAGGCAUCUUUCAUGAGUCUUUUUAAGGUUGGCAGGGGGUUUAUAUGGAGGUGGGCUUGUUUUAAUAAAGUGUAUGCUUUCAGGUAUGAUUGCUGCGUGGGUGUGUAAUAUGAUUAUCACAUUUAUGAAAUGGUCGUGGAAGCCAAGAAGUUGUAUUUUGAAUUUGCAGCAUUUACUGGUCGUCCACCAGUAGCUCUCUGUUAUUGGGCUUACUAGAGGGGAAAUGGAGUGGAGCAUUUCUGUUAUUAGACUAACUAGCGGGGAAAUGGGUGGGGCAGUUUUGCUAUUGGGCUUACUAGCAACGGAAUGGCUUAUUUGGAUUGGGACCAAUCGGGAGGGGUAACGUUUCGAGUUGAUGAUUGUUGAAAAUAUGUAAAUAUGUACUCAUAGUUAUUUUUUCAGUGUCGGAGGAAAACGGCGUUCAAUAACAGAAUAUCGCAAACACAUCAUUCAGGCAAAAACAGAAGAAGUGGUAAGUACCAUCUUUUGUAUGUGACUUGUGAACGUAUAUUCACAAGCUUGUGAGAAUUGUACGCGGUAAUCGUUGUGUUGCCUUUUAUCACUAAAUGUGGCUGCUGUAACCAGUUGCCAGCCCAAAAAUAUUAGGCAGCUUUACAUUUGAGAACGACUACGUCACUACGAGAUGCUGUACAUGCUCGCCAUCUUCUUAUUGGCUUACAUACACACGCCUUAAUCUCGUAGUAGAUGUUUGUUUUACUGCGAGACUUUUCAAAAAUCCAGCUGUGAAUUUCGCGACGGCUACGUGUUUGUAAGGCAUCAAUAUACAUGAUGGCGUAGGAAGUUGGCGUGUCCACUGUCCAAAUAACGAAUCUCGUAGUCUCCGUCACAGCUACAUGAAAAAUAACCAGUCAAAAUAAUGUGACAAUAAGUGUACUUUCCAUAUCUUUGAGUGUUAAAAGCUCAAAAUCGAGUACGAAAAAUGUCUUGUUUGGGACGCCCUGCCGGUUACCGGAAUACAAUACGUGACAAUGUGCUUCGUCUUUUUAACAGCAGGGUUAAUCAUUCUUGAAAUAUUUUUGUACGCUUUAUUCCACUCGACUCACUGUCCAUGCUCACGUUGCGGCUAUUUAUGAAAUAAUUAAUCGUAAUUAAAUAUAUAUUUAUUGGAUUUGUCAUAUAAUUGGCCGAAUAUUCUCUUAAAUUGAAAAAUAAAAUUAAUUUACCUCUUCUUCAAGGUGUACUUAUCUUUAUGUAUUAGUUUCGAUGUGAUUUGAGCACGUUUUGGUUUAAUAUCUCUGGCAUUACACUUUAAGACAAUAUUCUAGCAAUUAUUUGACGAAUGGAAUAGAAUACAGUAUCUAACAGAGAAGGAAAUUACUCAACAGGAAAUGCUGAUGAAGAACUUUUCAGCAAGUUCUUUUAUUGUUCAAAUAAUUUACAGUAGAGUGUUUUGUUAACGUGAGCUUGGGCCGCUGUGCUCGUGUAAAAGAAGAAUUUGGGAAUUGAUAUUCAGACCUGGACAAUUUUGGGAAUUGAUAUUCAGACCUGGACACUCAAAAGUGCGUAAACAUGAGUACAUUACGCCAUUGUGUAUGCAACAACAAAGUAUACUUGACUGUCUGUAUGUUACAUGUCUCAAGUGACAGAUAAGGAAGUAUGAUAUAAAAUGUUCCUCAUUCUUCUUGCUCAAAUGUUCCUCAUGAUGCAAUACCCGAAAUCCCACCUUUUUUUCCUGGUCUGUUAAUGUUUCCCUUUUGCUGAUGAACAAAAGGCGCCCACUUUUAUUCUUUUUUUUUAUUUCAGGCUAGAAAUUUACUGGUGUAUUUUUUUGAUGGAUUAACACCGAACUCUGUCCAACAGAUUUGCCCGGUUUAACUUACGACGGAGUUUUGUAUGUAUGAGUGCAUUUUUGCACAUUAAAUUAAUUUAAUAUGUAUUCAUUAUCAAAAUGUGGAUAAUAUAUAAGAAUAUUAAUUUAUAAAUUCUUAUUUAAAGAAUGUUAUUUAAAGAAUGUUCUUUGUAACUCUACUAAUUUAAUUAAGUAAUAAAUGUAUGUGAGUCCG